AUGGGCUCCAAUUCAAAAGAGAUACCAAUGUCUCAAAUGGCCAAUACGCCAUACAUGCGCACACAAGAAUACGCCUCAACACCCAAAUAUCCAUCUGAAUCAAGUGCAAAUGGAACUUUAGCUUUCCUCAACAACGACGAACUUGAUGAUAAGAAUGACACCGUCAUCGUCGACAACAAACUCUUCCGCCCCGCAACCCACCACUUCGCGGAAGGCGACUUCAUCCCGCCAGGCUUCUUCAAUCACGCGCAACUAGACGGUUUCACGCGUCGAUUCAGUUAUUCUCAAUGGAGCUAUGAAAUGCGUCGUCAGGCACAGCCUAUACUUCCAUUCCUUUAUCUAGGACCCUGUUCCUGUCUUCGACCCCGAGAAGACCUCCGCAACCAAGGCUUCACACUUCUACUCGGAAUCAGAAAUACGCUUUCGGCUCAGGCGCAAUUAGUUUCGGGCGAUAAGGCCGCUGCUGAUAUCGGGAUUUUGGCCGACACCAUUGAUGUCCUUGAUAAUCAGGAGUUGAUCUCUGCGUUUCCGCGUGCUAUUCGUCGCAUCAAUGAUCAUCUUGCUGGCCUGGAUAUGCCGGGUUCGAUGGAUUCGUCGGAGCCUGCUAUCAAGAAGAAGGUCCUGGUAUUUUGCGAGACUGGUAAUGAGCGCUCGGCUGGUGUGGUCAUUGCGUAUGUCAUGGCUAUGCUGAACAAGGAUUAUAUGUCGGCGACUCAGUUGAUUCAGCAGCAUCGGUUCUGCGUGUCUAUCGAGGAACCCCUAAAGCGGAUUCUGCAUGCUUUUGAUUCUAUUCUUGCUGCUAAGCGGGAUGUGGAGCGUGUGAAGCGUAAUGCCGUUCAAAUGGGUGCAUCGACUCUUGCUCCUCCGCCCAUUCCGCCCGUUUUGUUGGCGAGAAAGCGGAGUUUUCACGAUUGUGUAUUUCAGGAUGCGGCGAUGGAUGACGAUGAUAUGGAUAUGGAUGUAGAUGAUUUCCUACCAGACCGGAAGCCUGUUGCUCCGUUUCAAGACCGGGUGGCUUAG